AUGGAGAAACAAGGCUGUGAGAUUGAAGCAAUAGGCAUUAACUACACAAUUCACAAACACAAAAGAGAACACCCUUUGAAAAUCUUCACCAAAGAUCACCACCAAGGUGGUGUUCAAGAUAUAGAACAACCACCCGACGGUCGUCGCCAUGUUCUAAAGGACGUGAAUUGCCGAGCAAAACCAUGGGAAAUCCUUGCCAUUGUCGGCCCAAGCGGCGCCGGAAAGUCGUCGCUGCUUGAAAUCCUCGCUGGAAAACUUACACCCCAAAGAGGCUCCAUUUUUGUCGAUCACAAACCAGUCGACAAAGCUCAGUUCAAGAAGAUAUCAGGUUAUGUUACUCAAAAAGACACACUAUUUCCACUACUCACUGUCCACGAAACCUUAAUGUUCAGUGCAAAGCUCCGACUAAGACUCCCUGAAUCACAACUGAGCUCAAAGGUGAAGUUAUUGAUCCAAGAACUUGGAUUAUCUCAUGUCGCUCAAGCUCGGGUCGGUGACGAUAGAGUCCGGGGAAUCUCCGGCGGAGAGAGACGGCGAGUUUCAAUCGGAGUUGAGGUGGUGCAUGAUCCGAAAGUGCUGAUUCUCGAUGAACCCACUUCGGGUCUUGAUAGUUCUUCGGCUCUUCAGAUCAUAGAUAUGCUAAAAACAAUGGCUGAGACAAAGGGACAAACCAUAAUUCUCAGUAUCCACCAGCCAGGAUUCAGAAUUGUGAAGCUGUUCAAUUCCAUUCUUUUGAUGGCUAACGGGUCAGUUUUGCACCAUGGAACUGUUGAUCAGCUUGGUACCCAUUUGAGGCUGAUGGGUUUGCAGCUUCCUCUUCAUACUAAUCUUGUUGAAUUCGCAAUUGAAUCAAUCGAAACAAUUCAGCAGCACCAAUUAUCAAAGCAAAUUCACCAAAAGAUGGUGCCACAAUUGCCAUCAACAACAGAACUUAAAAGGGUGGGUGAUGAAGGUGAGAAUAGAAAUGGUAAUUUCACUUUACAACAACUUUUUCAACAGUCUAAGGUGAUUGAUGCGGAGUCUAUUGAUGUUGAACUUGAUUUUUCAAGUGGGUUUGCAAAUUCUAGGGUGAGGGAAACAAUGAUUCUCACUCUUAGGUUCUGGAAAAACAUAUAUCGAACAAAGGAGCUAUUUGCAUGUAGGACACUUCAAAUGUUCAUGGCCGGGCUUGUUUUAGGCUCAAUCUUUUACCAUCUGAAAGAUGAUUUAGUUGGUGCGGGAGAGAGGGUAGGCCUAUUUGCAUUCAUUUUGACUUUUUUGCUAUCAAGCACAUUGGAGGCUCUACCAAUAUUCCUGCAGGAGAGAGAAAUACUAAUGAAAGAGACCUCUUGUGGAAGCUAUAGGGUUUCAUCAUAUGCCAUAGCCAAUGGUCUUGUUUACUUGCCAUUUCUACUCAUCCUUGCAGUGUUAUUCACAGUGCCAUUGUAUUGGCUGGUGGGACUAAAUCGGACUUUUUCGGCUUUCCUUCACUUCUUGCUGUUAAUUUGGUUAAUUCUCUACACAGCAAACUCGGUGGUGGUGUGUAUCAGUGCUUUAGUGCCUAAUUUCAUCGUCGGAAACUCGGUGAUCUCCGGCGUGAUGGGUUCAUUCUUUCUGUUCUCCGGCUACUUCAUAUCCAAGCAUGGGAUGCCAAGUUAUUGGGUUUUCAUGCACUACAUUUCUUUGUUUAAGUAUCCAUUUGAAGGGUUUUUGAUUAAUGAGUUUUCUGGUUCUGGGAAGUGCUUGGAGUACAUGUUGGGAGCAUGUGUGGUGAGGGGUGAAGAUGUACUUAAAGAAGUAGGGUAUGGAGAGGAAAGUAGAUGGAGGAAUGUGGUCGUCAUGGUCUGUUUUAUUUUGGUUUACAGGUUCAUUUCUUAUGUCAUUCUGAGGUGUAGAUGCUCUCAGAAGGGACUCAAGGCAGUUCUAGUUUGA